GAUGGAGUCGCUGAGUAAAGCGGGACAGGAGAUGAGCCUGGCGGCCUUAAAGCGGCACGAUCCCUACAUCACCAGCAUCGCCGACGUGACCGGCCAGGUCGCGCUCUACAGCUUCAGCCCCAAAGCCAACGAGUGGCUCGGACUCUUCCCAGGCUGUGGAGACCAUUUAAAUCAGAGGAAACAGAUAGGAAAGAACAGACUUUCCUUGUGACAUUGAAACACACAUUCAAGCAAUAAUUGUAGCAGGAGAAGACUGACAUAGAAGGUACCUUAUUUGUGUACAGAAGGUCAGCUUCUCCCUACUAUGGUUUUACGAUUGUGAAUCGACUGAAUAUGCACAACCUAGUUGAGCCAGUAAAUAAAGACUUGGAAUUUCAACUGCAUGAACCUUUUCUUCUUUACAGAAACGCUAGCUUGUCUAUUUACAGUAUCUGGUUUUAUGACAAGAAUGACUGUCAUCGAAUAGCAAAACUCAUGGCUAAAGUGGUACAACAAGAAGCUCAAAGAUCUCAGCAAGUUUCACAAGACAGAAAGAGUCCCAGCAGAACUAAUGGUUGCAGUGAAAACAAACCCAUUGAUAUCCUGGAAAUGCUUAGCAAAGCCAAGGAUGAAUAUGAACGAACUCAGAUCAGUGACUUAAGUAUUAUAUCAAGUUCUGGAAUGCAGCAAAAUGAGAAUCCCACGAAGACGGAAAGCAUGGAGACUUCAGAACAAACAUCUUCAACGUUACAAAUGCAAGACCAGCCAUUCCAGUCAACGCACAAACAUCUGACAGUGGAAGAAUUAUUUGGAACCUCCUUGCCAAAGGAACAACCAACAGUUUCAUAUCCCAAUCCAGACAGAAUGGAGAAGUUACAAGCUGACACUACAGGCAGAGAGCACAACUUAUUCUUGCCUUUUUCACUUGAGCAAACAGCGGUGACACACCAACCAUUGGGGAAACCAGAGAGUACAAGUGUCAAAACCAAUGGCAGUACCUUGAAUCAGCAAGAGCAUGUAACACCCAUGCUGAUUGCUCCAGCUUCAGUUUUGCAGCCUGACAUAAAGAAUGUUUCAAACUAUACAGUUCAGUUAAGCCCUAUUCUUAAUUCAGCCUCAACAACAGAAGCUCCUUCUGCUCAGAUACUUCCCAACUUAAACCCAAACAGUAAUAUAAUGCAAGUUAUGCAUCAAGCUGCUAAACAGAUGUCCCCACUUAUGAAUCAGCCACCAUCUGAUGUGAAUCACAUGCCACAAAAUCUAAUUGCUGGCCAAAACCAGUUCAUAGCACCUUUGGCAGCAACUAAUACAGGAAAUGCUUCAAAUACACCCUUUCCAAAUGUUGACCUUCUCCAGAAACUCAGGUUGACCCCACAGCAGGACCAAAUGCAACAGUCUCUUAGUAAAACUACCAUGGCACCUAGCAUUUCAUCCACAGUUAGCCAACUUGCAACACCAGAAAGCUUCAAAGAAUCCCACACCAAACCAGCAUCAUUGAGUACCAAAAUAAUCACACCCCUUCAGACGAUACAGCAAAACAAGGAGCCAGAUGUAUUUCCACAACCCAAGGCUUUGCCAAAAGCCAGCCAAGUCGUACCUCCGCAGUUUGUUACAGCCACAACUACAGUGACUCCUUCAAUCCUCUUGUCUCCUAGUGUUUUCCAGCAGUCAGCUACAAAAUCCACUGAAAUAGAGAAUAAAACCAGCUCCUCUUCUCCUCUAACACUUGGAGCAACAGAAAUUCAGACAAUGCCUCCUACUGUUCUCAGUAGGUCUCAGCUCCAGGAAACCUUAAUACAUCUAAUAAAGAAUGAUUCCAGUUUUCUCAGUACUGUUCAUGACGUCUACUUGCAAGUCCUGACCAAGAAUACAGACAUCAAACUAUAAUUGUCAGUUGAACUGAAUUAACUUCAAUAUGUCUGCUUCUGAAACAAUUAUGCCUCAUCUAUAAAGCUGUAAUAUUUUUUUAAAAAGAAUAUUUAGUUUUCAGUGUCUUGAAUUUUGAACCUGUUGGGAAAGACUAUUCCUUAAAAAUACUUCUUAAAGUAAUCUGCUCAGAAGUCAUCUAGGUUUCACUGUGAUCAUCACCAGCAAACCUUUGUUUCUAAGGAAAAGUUGUUUAGUUGCAUGAGAGUUUUCAUUAGCAUUAAGUGAAUGUGCAAAUGUUUUCUCUUUUAUUUCUAGCUAUCUUCAGUAUUGAAGAGUUAAGGGGAGCAGUGCUGUUUUUAACCUAUCCAGGUAUACAGUACACUACACAGAUCAGAACAAAACUCAGUUGUAUAACCCACUUCUGGUUGUAAGGGCUUUGUAGAGGCUGGAAAGGCUCAUUUAUUAUAAUAAACUGGUUGGUUGGUGGAAGAUACUGCAGUCAGGCUUGGAGCUGGGUGCCCUUACAGCUAGAUGUUUGAGGUAGGGGUUACAAAUACUUUUGCCCAUUCCUGAGCAAUAAAUAGCUUUUACCCAAUGCACAUCCUUAAUUUGAAACUGUUCCGUUAGAUUUUGGUUUUGCAUCUUUGGCAACAAACAUGUGUCCAAUGAAAUAUGCUCGGUUUCUCUAAAAAGAUCGAAUCCAAAGGGUGCACAAUCCUAGGAUAUGGCAAUCAUGCGCUUCUAAGUAACAGUCUGAGUCUGUAAAUUUUUAAAAUCAGAUCUGGGGAGGAACAUCACUCUGACUAUUAUUUUCCUAUUCCCCGGAGCUAUAUAUGAUAUUUGAAAUAUGUUGUUUCUGUUAAGCUAAGGAUGAGCCAAUGCCAGAAUUGAGUUUCAUUAUUCACUUGUGUUGGCACUGUAGUGUUGAAAACUAUACAGAUGCGAAACAAUUACAAACUGACCCCUUGCCUCCAAAUUUUUUUUUUCACGUUGUGUAGUGUUGCAUUGUGUUUAGUUGAAAAGUGAACACUUCUUACAUAUGGUUUACCAUUUUAGUAUUUACCAGUGUAAGAAUCAGACUUCUUCAUGUCUCCCCGUUUGAAGUCAGAAAAGAAUCUAAUGAUAUUUUACUAUGCUGCUAUUGGUCUAUCUGUGACUUAUAUUUAUUUCUAUAUGGCAUGAAAAGGUAGUUAGUAAUACUUUAAAGUAGAUCUCAGUUGAUUCCAGGACUAGUAAUUUUAAGGGAUGAUUUUUGAGUAGAGAGGUCUUGGUAUAUUUGGUAAAGGAUAAUUUGUAGUAAAUGUAACCAGUUAGGAUGCUUUGCUUAUUUUUUCCAAGCACUAUUGCAAUGAAGAAGGAACAAGUUUUGUUUGGCUCUACAAAAUAGAAUAUCCUAGGGAUUAGUUGUAAUAAUGUUGACAUAGUCAAGAGUGCCGGGUCAUUUCAUUGGAAAUGAUCAAAUAAGCUUUAAUUGUGACUCCAUCACAAAUCAGAGGGUUUCUUACAGUUAUAACAAAAUGUUUGUUUGCAUUUUUCAUGUCUAAUAACUAUUUUACUUUGAACUUUGUUUUUGAAUAGAAAAGAUUUUUGUUUAGCAAAAUCUGCCUUCUGAAGAGUUUUUCUGCCUUUGAACUUAGUGUUUUCAAUUAAAAAUAUUUAGUAUUUUUAUGUUAAGUGUGCAGAAUUCAGGGAAACAUGCUAGUGAUCAUGUCUAUUUACCAAGAAAUAUAUUAUCAUUAAUGGUAGCAUUUGAAUUCAGCAACAAAGACUUUCUGGACUUUUUGUAAGGAAGAAGGCCACCCUUCCUAUUCACAUACUAGAAUUAUAACAACAUGCAGAAAGCAAUGUGAAUUUGAUUGGUUUAUCUAAAUCCAAACACCUGAUCCAAAUAAAACUUGUGAAGACCUUUUUGGAGGAGAAAGAACAGGCAAAAAUGCCAAACUAAAGAGUAGUGCUCUUUGAGAUAGUCCUCGUGGACAAUAACCAAGACCCUCAAACAGGUGUCUUUCUCUGGCUUCAGCAAAAACUGAAGCAGUCCUUUCUUGACUUUUAUGAGCAUUUCUACUAGCUUGAAAAGGAGAGUGGAUGGAAGGAGGAGUUCCCAAGUAUAGAAAUGAGAAAAGGAGCUACUGAGAUGAUACAAAUUACAAACCUUUCUGUUAACUUUCAGUUAAAUACAGUCUCAUCUUUAAAAUGUCAUAUCCAAAGAUUUAUAUAAAUGAUGGGACACUGAGGAUUUCCCUCAUAUGGAUUGUACUUUCAUUUUAAGUCUGUAAGUCAUGAAUAGUUGACGAUAAAGGGAAUGUUAUUUUAAGAAUCAAUAACAUUACGAGGGUUUGAUUAUGAUCUAAACCCCAAACAUUUUAUAUUUUUGUUUAAUGUGCUUGUGUUAUAACUGUCCAGGAACCUCAACACGAUGUUGGUAGAUCCAGGUUCUCUUCAUUUUUAUAUUCUGCUAACCUGAAAAAGUGUCUUCCCAGCUUGCAGAAUGAAUAUAAAUCAUCAUGACUAAGCAAGCUUUCUAAUAGUACAACUGAUUUCUGUUCAUAUUGAAUUUUUACUCACAUUUACUCCACCUGCUGUAUGUAUAAACAGACGCACACUGGGAGAACAGUAAUCUCCUGCAUAUGCAGAGUGCCAUGAUAGUGCUUUUUGUAAUAUGACAAUUUAUCAGAUAAACCUCUUUAAUGAAGAACUGCAUUGUAAAACAAGCUCUGCUGCAACAUAAAACUGGAGAUGUUUUAUAAUGUGGAAGUUGUUUGACAGCUUUAUUCUGGUUAUUUUGAACUUUUGUAUUCUAAAAUGGUCAAGUUUGUUUCAUUGCUUGAUUCAUGUUAGCUGCAUGUACUGAUAGCUAAUGCAUAGCUAGCUACCAUGGGUCAUCACAGCAACUUAACAUGAUCAUUUAAAGUGGCUUUUUGUUUUGGUAAAACUACUACUUAAUGUGAUUGUACCCAUUAAUUCUGAGAGUGAAAACAAUUAGUUUAGACUAUAUUCCCAAAAUUAAUUAUCCAUCUAAGCAUGUGUUUUCUGUGGUCAAUGUUAAGUCACUUUAAAAAUGAUAACCUUCUAAUCAAAGAUGGUUUUAAGAUUUACAGCUUUAUUAUUAUUCACAAAAUUAAAAUUGUUUCUCAGUUUUGUAGCUGUUAAGUUAAUAUUGCAAAGUUGUAUGAAAAAUACCGAACAGCUAUUAAUUUGGAAGCAAUAUAUCUUGUAAAAGUAGAAAAUAUUUGCAAAAGAAUUGAGGCAAAAAGUGUGAAACUGAAAGAGUGAUUAUUAAUUUUAGUUUCAUAUAACAAAUGUUUGACUUGCCAGAUAUUGAUAUUCAACAUGUUUGAACAUUUGCAGCUGGACAUGUUUGGUUUUGCCUACAUUUUGUUUUGCUUCAUAUUGGUACAUUCCUUGAACCUAUAAUGCCCCAUCUAAUCAAGUAUGUAAUUACUGGGAAAAUUUAAAAAGAGAGUGAUUACUUUGGAAAGUUAUCUUUAAAAGUAUGUGAGAAAUCAGCCACUUUUUCCAGCUAUUUGAAUUGCUUCUUGCUUACAGCAUAUCUUUACAGGAGGAAUGUGUGCAAUAUAUUUCACCUCAGUUUAGUCUGACAUUGUUGUGAAAAUGUUAAGAUGCAAUAUCUUCCUUCCACUUUAAAUUGGAAAAAAUUGCAAUAUCUUUCCCUGAUGGUCUAUUUAUUUUUAUCUAUUCUGUGCAUGGGCACAUUGGUGGGGGGUGUUUUAAAAUGUAAAGUAUGCAUUUUUAACUGUCAGAUUUUUUUUUUCUUUUUUUACCACUUUCGGCUGCACCAGUUAUUAUUUACUUGCAUGUUCUUACAGUAUGAAGAUGCUCAAGACAUUGGGAUUUCUAGUACUGAUUUCUGGAAACAUACGGUAUGCAAACAGGUUUUUUUAAAGUCAGUAAACAUAGAUACUGCAUCACUAACAUUAUGGUAUGGACUUCUUUAUACCAUCUAUGUAUGUUUGCAAAUAUUAAGUUAUUGCAUAAAUGUUUAAGAAUUCGCAUUUUUCAUCCAAAAUUUUGUAUGUUUGCAAAUAUAUUUUUGUAAUAAAAUUUCAAAAAGAAAUAUUU